AUGGUUCCGUUAUUUUGCUUGAUCUUUUUAUUUACAUGUGAUAUCUCGCUACAAUGCAAACUAGCAUCUAAUGUAGAAAAAAAUGAUCAAUUCAUUAAUUUUACUCAUCUUGAGAGCGUUACAAAUAGAAACUACACAAUAAAAGUAAUUCUAACAUUCACCGACCCAGAAAGCAGUUGUAAAAAAGUAAGUCUUGACAGUUUACUUACAUCUUACGCAAUUAAACAAGCUAUUGAUAUAGCUAACAACAACACGCAAUCAGGAAAGAUCAAUGUUCAGUUUAAUGAUAAUUGUGGCAAUUUGUCAGUAACAAUGGCUUUGGGAAUUCAAAUUGUCUCAACGGUUAAAAUGACAUCAGACUGUAAUGACAAAUAUUUGCAGUGUAGCGCUAAUGAGAACUUUAUACAGCCACCUGCUGCGAUUUUAGGAACGGAUAUGAGUAAAACAACUGUUUCUUUAGCGACUUUAAUGUCACUGUUUAAAAUUCCUGUUUUAAGCCCUUGGGCUUCAAGUCGCCUGCUUAGUGACACCAAAAUGUAUAGCUCGUUUAUUCGUGUUAUUCCGUCAGAUAGUAUGCAGGUUCAGGUAAUGCUAGACAUUAUGAUGAAACUUAAUUGGACUUAUAUUUUUGCAGUUGGUUCUAAUGACCCUUAUGGUAAACUAGCACUUGCUGAGCUUGAAAUUGAAGCUAAAUCCAGAAAUAUCUGUAUUGUUAAUACAAGUUUUGUUACUUAUCCAGCUGAAGAAUUUAAUGAUGAAAUAAACAAGACUAUUGAUAAAAUUAAAAUAGCAUCGAAUGCCACAGUUGUUGUGAUAGCGCAUAGGGAAAACAUAUCUCGUAUAUGGUUAACAAGCGACGCAUGGAACAACGAAGCGAAAAAUAAAAAGCAUGAUGUACCAAUAAACCAAAUGCAUGGUCUGUUAUCAGUAUCAUUAAAGUUUACAAAAAUUUUUGGUCUAAGUGAUUAUAUCAGAAACGAGAUAAAAACCAAUUAUUUAUUUGACGUGUGGCUGCAGAAUUAUCUAAUAAAUGAAUUUAAUUGUAAGCCAAAUAAAAUUUCAAUCAACAAAUUAAUCUUAUUUGGAGAUAACUGUUCUGUUUCAGUCGACCAUGUAAUGUUAAAGGUGUCUGAAUCAGUAGUGACCUCUAACUGGAUAGAUGCCGUAACUGUGUUAGCAAAUGGAAUACAAUAUUAUGAUAAAAACUGCUACGAUGAAAGACGUAAAAAUUCACCAAUUGAUUAUGAAAAGUUAACUUACAUUAUUAAAACUAUUCCUAGUUAUAAUUACAAUGGCAACUUAAUUUCAUUCAAUAACUCAAACGAUCUAUUACCCGCUUUUUACACAAUUGAAAACUUGCAGUAUGAUGAAAAAAAUGGAACUUUGAAUUAUAUUAGCAUAGGUUUACUUUUAUUUUUUGCUUCCAAAUCAUUGCUGGAAAAACCACUUGAUACUGCCAAGAAUUUAUUGGAUUUUUUAAAUAUUGAAGGUGGUAUUGUUUCCCUCAAACACCCGAAUUUUGUAUUACGAAUUACCCAAUUUUUACAAAUUUGCAGUGAAAAAGAUGAGCAUGACUUGACAUCUGCCGAAUCUGUAGAGUUUUUUUCUGUUACGUAUGCUAUUGCUGUUCAUACUGAUUCAGAAUCUGAAGAUGACAGCAGAGGUGAAGGCAGUUAUCAAUUGUUUGCGAAAAAUGAAGAAGACUUAAUGAACCAUGGAGGUAAAGAUACCCGCAAUCCAGAUCCUAGUGACGACAGUGAUGGUAAAAAUGAAGAAAGGGUUGAAGAUCUUCCUAUUCCUGCUGUAUUCUGA